AUGCCUGGGGCUUGCAAUAAUACGGGAUACCAGGAUACAGGGGUCUCGGGGCUGUAUGGUGGCCCGUAUAACCCUCGCCCAGCCCCCCAGCCACCAUCGUUUCCCGGAGGAAUUCUGACGUUGGCAGCCAUAAUGCAAGCCAGAUGUAUCUAUUCCGUACAUGACCUGAGAGAUGGAAGGGUCAUUCCUGCAUUGGGCGGGCACGUAAUCAUCAAACCAGGGGGUGUGGGCUGGGCUGCCUUUACAGCAAUAACAAUCAACGGGGGCGCAGAGAGGCCAGACACGACCCGACAGAUGUUCCUUAUGCAUCCUGGCUGUACGUGCUCGAUUAAUCUCUCCGGUGGUCGUUGUGUUGGAUGGUUAUCUCUUGUCUUGCAUGCAGCCAGUGUGUGUGAGUGGCAAGGAGAUGUCUGCCUGCGACGGGGUCAUCAUGCCAAGCCUCCUGAUACCACCAUACUUACAUACUACCCUCAUACCAUAUACUACUCUCACUACUUGCCAUUCAUCGGUUCACGGAUCAGUACCCAACCAACAACCCGAGGCAAGCUGAAGAGUGGAGCUGGUGCUACUUUCCUUAUUAUCGGAUCCAGACUCACUUCCCCUUCUUUUGCACUCUGGGGCUAA